GUAGUUGCUUGCGUUCUCAUUUUCAUGAGUCGUAUGUGAUUUUCAGACAAUCGGUGAACAUAAAAGUAGCUACCUUUACACAAAUCUAUCAGUGCGAGGUUUGGCUUGCUCAGAUGACAGAAAUACUUUGAGAUUUGCCGUAUUAGAUUCACUGCACUACUCGUAUUUCCUGGAGAAAUGGGGCAUGAACGACACUAAGUUACCAGCAGUAGUGGCAAUCACAUCGCGGUUUGGACUGUUUUCUAUAAUGGAUGGAAUUUUGUCGCAAGAGCGACUGCGAAAAUUCAUCAAGGAUUUUCAUUCUCACCUCCUGCCGGUACACUUGAGAAGCGAAGAACUGAAUAUCAGGAGUGAGCAAGUUCAUCCUCGUACACGGCAAAAACAGUCGCUGAGACGUCUAAAUCUUGAAAUGUUCCAUGAACUGAUGUCGAAUAGGGGGAAUCUUUCCAAAGAUCUUGUUGUAUUUUUCUCUGGCGGCGUUUGGCAUGCACCUUCGGCCACAGCCAUGCAUAUCUACCAUAAUGUUGCGAACUAUUUCUCCUCAUCCAAAGACCUCAUAGAGUUUUGUGUGUAA